GACCGGAUGGCAUUAGCCAGCCGACCCACUCUGCAGCAGAGCAACAUGCGGGUGUAUUUGCGUUGUUCAAAAGGGCCUAUUUGACCGGGAGGUCGGUGCCCCUGCAGGUUUGCGAGAUGAUCCAGGAUCCUACAAACAGUGCGGUCCAUACUCGCAUUGACAAAGAUACCAUAGCAGAGAAGGCCGAAAAGGCAGAGGAACCUACGGAGGCUGCAAAGCCAGAAGAAUCCAAGGAUGAAGAGAUGGAAGAAGUCGACCCAGCUGAAGGGAUGUCGAUAGCAGAUGUAUGCAGAGAAAAGUACAACUUGAGCGAGAAUGCCAUAGAGAUGCUAUUGGAGGAGGAUAAGCAAGAUAGCGUUCGCGCAGCACUGAAAAUGCUGGAAAGCAGCGUAGACCAGUUGCCAAAAGGAUAUGGCAACCACCUGGAGCGACUUAGUGCUGACUUCGACAAGUGGACGACUGAGCUGUUGGAAACGAUAGCUGUUACGGAAGAUGAAGUGGAAACGAAUACCAUCAAGCGAGAUGGAACACAGGAUGCCAGGGAAUUGGCACUCACUCGGAAAGCCGAGGCUGAACUCAAGAAGCUAGAGGCAGAGAAUGAUAUCAAAGCAGCAGAGAAAGAGAUCAAUGAGUACGACGAGCAGUUGGAAGAGAUAGGAAAAGCAAGAGAGAAGUUAAAGGCAGGCCGUCAAGCCGUGAGGGAGACACUGCAAGUGUCGGAAAGAGUACUUCAAACGCUGAAGCAUACGGUGAGGCAGCUACGUACUGUUGGAAGCAUCAACGAAGCAGUAAAGAAGAAUUUGUUUCAAGAUGAAGAAAAGAAAGGAAGUGCGCAGUUGCAGAUCCUACGCAUGAUGAUGCAGAAGAGAAAGAGUGGGAUGGAAACCCCGCGAAGUAUGCCAAGCGUUGCAGUUACAGAUGACGAAGGCGAAGGCCACAGAAAGCGAGUCCGCGGGACAGACAAGCCGAAUGAGCCGGCAGACCCUCCUAGAACUCCGAGAACGCAGCAGCUGAAGGUUAAACCGGAGGCAAAGGUGGCUCCGGAUAUCCUAAAGGAGAAAGAGGUUCAGAAGGAAAGAAAGGACCGAAAGAGGGACCUCGAAGGAGUCCAUGACAAGUGGUUGUUGAAGAGAGAAUGGAAGGAAAGUCAUGGAGGAUUCCGUUGCUUCCAUUGCGGGAGCGACUCACACAAAGCGUUUGAGUGCCCGACUAUGCUUGAUGAAGCGAAAGAAGAAGGUGCUGAACAACUCUCGCCAAAUGUAAAACGUCAAGGCGGAUGUUGGUUGUUUUGCCGAUUGUGCUUUCGAGCCAAUGUGGGAUUCAACAUUACUGAUGACAAUGGAAAGAAGCGCAUAGCCGUUGGUUGGGGCAACCACACGGUGCAAAAGUGUAGACUCAACAAGACAGGAAUUGACCCGUCAAAGCCUGAUAUGAGUCUGGUGAAUCCUAAGAAGCCCAAAGUUGGAGAGAAAGUGAUAGACAUCGAGGCUGAAGAAGAAAAGAAGAAAGAGAAGAGCACUACUGGCGCCAGUUCAAGAAAAGAAAUGCCCAAGAAGGGCAAGGAAAGCAAGGACAAGGAGAAGAAGGAGAAGAAAGAGCACAAAGACAAGAAGCAUAAGAAAGACAAGAAGGAUAAAGAUCAAAGGGCCGAGAGCCCGGAGAAAGGUUUUUCAGAAAAGGAUGUGGCGGACAUGUCUUGA